AAGAUUCCAAUAGAAAACAGAGGACUAGCCGAGCAGCCCAGAGGAGAAGCAGAAUGUGACGUGGAUGGCGAGGCUCGUCUGCUUCGAUUCUGAGCAGAUCUCUGCCCCAGAAUGAAUUCCAACAUCAUGGAGGCAAAGCCAAGGCCCAAAGAAAAGAUGAAGAGGUUUCUAAAUCCUCGCCGUAAAGGGAAGCUAAAAAUGAUGGCAGCUCCUCACAAAUGUCAAGAUUUUGUGCCAAGUUUGCUUAAAGGGAAGCCAAAGAUGAUGGGGGUUCUCCAGAUCCUGAUAGGUCUAAUCAUCACUUCAUUUGGAGCUUUUUUAUUUUCCAAUACCAACAAAAUUGGCCUUCCAAAGUCAAGUAUCCCUCGUUUCUUUAUCACCAGGUAUCCAUUCUGGACAGGAGCAUGUUAUACCAUUACAGGAGUCUUUACCAUUCUUAAUGUUGUGAAAUAUGAAAGUCAGGAUCACAUGAGUCUUUACAUGGAUGUUCUCAGUGCCAUGGUCUCUGCAUCUGGGAUUGGCGUCCUCUUCUACAGCUUAUCUGUCCAUCAGUUUCUCCAAUGUGUUCGCCCUUCAGCAGGCAGCAUAUGUAUCAUGAGUGAAAUCCUUCUUCAUGGUAUCCUGUCUGUCUUGCUGAUCCUAAUCAUCAUCCAAUUCUCCAUUGCUGCAAUAGUCUUAGUCUUGAAGUGUAAAAGAACAGGGGAAAGCUCUGCAGAUGAGGCAUGUUCCACAUCACUGAGAGAACCAAGACAGGCUGUGACAUCUUGGAAGAAUGUGUAUUUCCGGUCUUCUGAAGUCAAGGAGCCCAAACAAACUGAGAAUGUGGAAAACCAGUUGCAGAUCCAGAUUGAGAAAAAUCCUUCUGACAAAAAUGAAGAAAAAAAAUCAGUCUCCCUAAUUAGGGGCUACACUUUCUUUAAACUAAGAGCUUUAGGAAGUCCUGUAACCCGCCCACCUCCUUCCUCUACCCCUCCUCCCCCAACACCUCCUCCACCCCCUCCCCCACCACCUCCACCACCUUCCCCAAAAGUACCAGAAGAAAAGCUUCAAAAACAACGGUGCCCUACUCCAGCUUCUCCAAGUGAAUCCUUGCAAAUUUCAUAUUUCUCUGACCCAAGUUCAUCAAGUGCAUUGACACAAGGAUCAUCUUUCUUAGAACCAUGCUCAAUAGACAAAUCUGUGCAAGUUUCCUCAUAUUCAGAUCUAAGUUCAGGAGGAGAACUGACAGAAUUUCCUCCUUCAUCCAGCACAAGUUCAGUUAGUGAAUCCACAAAAUGUCUCUCUACCUCCAGCUCAGAAGAUGCCAAUAUUUGUCCCAAACUACCAUCAGUGAGCAUAUCUGUGCAAUUUCCUUCUGUCUCAUGCACUACAUCAAGAGAAUUUGUAGGUGCCAAACGUUCAAGCAUCCGUUUUGGGACCAAAUCUGUGCAAUGUCCUCCUAUCUCAGGUACAACUACCCCAACAGAAACAGACAAUGAAGAUUUCCUGACCAAAUGUUUGCAACUUCCUAAUGUCUCAUACACAAUUUCUUCAACAGAUGCUUUGGAUACUUCAGAUCAUUUUGCACUGACCAAAUCUGUACAAUUUCCCUCUGUCUCAUGCACAAAUACAUCAAUAGAAUGCAUAGAUGCAUCUGACUUUGCACUGACCAAAUCUGUGCAAUUCCCUUCUCUAUCAUGCAUGGCUACAUCAACAGAAGAUGAAUCUUCAGGCCUCCUAUCACGGACAAAAUCUGUGCAAUGUCCUUCUGAAUCAGGCAUAGCUACAUCAAAACUGACCAAGGCUAUGCAAUUUCCUUCUAACUCGUGCAUGGUUACAACAGAAGACAGCACACCUCCAGGCCUACUUGUACUAAGCAAGUCUAUACAAUUUCCUCCCUUCUCAAGCAGAACUACAUCACCAGAAAUCAUAGAUGCCGCACCUUCAGGCCAACUUGUACUGUCCAAAUCUGUGCAAUUCCCUUCUACCUCAGGCACAAUUACACCAACAGAAAGUUUUCCUCCAUCCCAUUUCAGUUCACUGCGUCCAACUAUGAUAGAUGCCACACCUUUCAGCUCAUGGGACCAUUCUUCAACUCUGAAAUCUCCACCUCUCUCGCUCCCAUCUACACGGAGGGCUACACCAGAAGCCACAGAAAGUGUUCCUCCAUCCCAUUUCAGUUCAAUGCGUCAAUCUGUACUAGAUACCACAGCUUACGGCUCACUUGACCUAACUACAUCUGUGUUAUCUCCACCUCCCUCGGUUCCAGCUACACGAAGGGCUACACCAGAAGCCACAGAAAGUCUUCCUCCAUCCCAUUUCAGUUCAAUGCAUCAAACUAUGAUAGAUGCUACACCUUAUGGUUCACUUGAUAUAACUACAUCUGUGAAAUCUCCACCUCCCUCAGAGCCAGCUACACGAAGGGCCACACCAGAAGUCACAGAAACUAUUGUACCAUCCCAUUUUGGUUCAGUGCAUCAAUCUAUGAUAGCUGCCACACCUUAUAGCUCAUUUGACCGAACUACAUCUAUGAAAUCUCCACCUCCCUCGGUUCCAGCUACACAAAGAGCUACACCAGAACCCACAGAAAGUCUUCCACCAUCAUCCCAUUUUGGCUCAGUGCGUCAAUCUAUGCUAGCUGCCAUGCCUUUUGGCUCACUUGAUGUGACUACAUCUGUGAAAUCUCCACCUUCCUCGGUUCCAGGUACACGUAGGGCUACACCAGAAAUUCCAGAAAAUCAAACCAUGGAAGAUGCCUCACUUUCAGGCCUUGCUGCACUGACUAAAUCUAUUCAAUUUCCUUCUAUCUCAGGCAUGGCUAUGCUAACCGAAGUCCCAGAAAAUCAAUCUCUGGAAGACACCACGGGCCUACUUGAGCUGAACAAAGCUAUACAAUUUCCUUCUCUCUCAAGCAGAGGCACAUUAGGAGAAGUUCCAGAAAGUCUUCCACCAUCCCAUUUCAGUUCAAUGCGUCCACCUAUGAUAGAUGCCACACCUUAUGGUUCACUUGACUUAACUCUGAAAUCUCCACUUUCCUCUGUCCCAGUUACUCGAAGGACUACACCAGAAGCCACAGAAAGUCUUCCACCAUCCCAUUUCAGUUCAAUGCGUCAAUCUAUGGUACCUGCCACACCUUUCGGGUCACUUGAUCGAACUGUGAAAUCUCCACCUCCCUCAGUCCCGGCUACACGAAGGGCUACACCAGAACCCACAGAAAGUCUUCCACCAUCCCAUUUCAGUUCAAUGCGUCAAUCUAUGGUACCUGCCAUACCUUUUGGCUCACUUGACCGAACUACAUCUCUGAAAUCUCCACCUCCCUCAGAGCCAGCUACACGAAGGGCCACACCAGAAGCCACAGAAAGUCUUCCACCAUCCCAUUUUGGUUCAGUGCGCCAAUCUAUGAUAGCUGCCACGCCUUUUGGCUCACUUGACCUAACUACAUCUGUGAAAUCUCCACCUUCCUCAGUCCCAGGUACACGUAGGGCUACACCAGAAAUUCCAGAAAAUCAAGCCAUGGAAGAUGCCCCACUUUCAGCACUCACUAAAUCUGUUCAAUUCCCUUCUAUUUCAGGCAUGGCUAUGCCAACAGAAGUCCCAGAAAAUCAGCCUGGGGAAGAUACCACACCUGCAGGCAUACUUGCGCUAACCAAGGGUAUACAAUUUCCUUCUAUAUCAAGCAGAGGUACAUCAGCCGAAAUCCCAGAGAGUCUUCCACCAUCCCAUUAUAGUUCAAUGCGUCCAACUAUGAUAGAUACCACAUCUUAUAGCUCAUUUGACCGAACUACAUCUGUGAAAUCUCUACCUCCCUCAGUCCCAGCUAUACGGAGGGCCACACCAGAACCCACAGAAACUAUUGUACCAUCCCAUUUUGGUUCAAUACGUCAAUCUAUGGUACCUGCCACACCUUAUAUGUCAUUUGAUCGAACGUCAUCUGUGAAAUCUCCACCUCCUUCAGUCCCAGCUACACGAAGAGCUACACCAGAACCCACAGAAAGUCUUCCACCAUCUCAUUUCAGUUCAAUGCGUCAAUCUAUGGUACCUGCCACACCUUAUAUGUCAUUUGAUCGAACUGUGAAAUCUCCACCUCCCUCGGUUCCAGCUACACGAAGAGCUACACCAGAACCCACAGAAAGUCUUCCUCCAUCCCAUUUCAGUUCAAUGCGUCAAUCUAUGCUACCUGCCACACCUUUUGGCUCACUUGAUCGAACUGUGAAAUCUCCACCUCCCUCAGUCCCGGCUACACGAAGGGCUACACCAGAACCCACAGAAAGUCUUUCACCAUCCCAUUUCGGUUCAGUGCGUCAGUCUAUGAUAGCUGCCAUGCCUUUUGGCUCACUUGAUGUGACUACAUCUGUGAAAUCUCCACCUUCCUCAGUCCCAGGUACACGUAGGGCUACACCAGAAAUUCCAGAAAAUCAAGCCAUGGAAGAUGCCGCACUUGCAGACCUUCUUGCACUGACUAAAUCUGUUCAAUUUCCUUCUAUCUCAGGCACAGCUAUGCCCACAGAAGUCCCAGAAAAUCAGCCUGUGGAAGAUACCAUACCUGCAAGCCUACUUGCGCUGACCAAGGGUAUACAAUUUCCUUCUAUAUCAAGCAGAGGUGCAUCAGCCGAAAUCCCAGAGAUUCUUCCACCAUCCCAUUAUAGUUCAAUGCGUCAAUCUAUGAUAGAUGCCACACCUUAUAGCUCAUUUGACCGAACUGCAUCUGUGAAAUCUCCACUUUCCUCUGUCCCAGCUACACGAAGAGUCACACCAGAAGUCACAGAAAAUUUUCUUCCAACCCAUUUUGGUUCAGUGCGUCAGUCUAUGAUAGCUGCCACACCUUAUAGCUCAUUUGAUCGAACUUCAUCUGUGAAAUCUCCACCUCCCUCAAUCCCAGCUACACGAAGAGCUACACCAGAACCCACAGAAAGUCUUCCUCCAUCCCAUUUCGGUUCAGUGCGUCAAUCUAUGAUAGAUGCCACACCUUAUAGCUCAUUUGACCGAACUAUAUCUGUGAAAUCUCCACCUCCCUCAAUCCCAGCUACACGAAGGGCUACACCAGAAGCCACAGAAAGUCUUCCUCCAUCCCAUUUCGGUUCAGUACGUCAAUCUAUGAUAGCUGCCACGCCUUUUGGCUCACUUGACCUAACUACAUCUGUGAAAUCUCCACCUUCCUCGGUCCCAGGUACACGUAGGGCCACACCAGAUAUUCCAGAAGAUCAAGUCCUGGAAGAUGCCGCACUUGCAGACAUUCUUGCACUGACUAAAUCUGUUCAAUUUCCUUCUAUCUCAGGGAUGGCUAUGCCCACAGAAAUCCCAGAAAAUCAACCUCUGGAAGAUACAACGGGCAUACUUGCCCUAAGUAAGGGUAUACAAUUUCCUUCCAUAUCAAGCAGAGCUGCAUCCGAAAUCCCAGAAAGUCUUCCAUCAUCCAAUUUCAGUUCAGUGCGUCAAUCAGUGGUAGAUGCCACACCUUAUGGCUUACUUAACCUGAUUACAUCUGUGAACUCUCCAUCUUCCUCUGUCCCAGCUACACGAAGAACUACAGCAGCAGUCUCAGAAAAUCUUCCACCAUCCCAUUUUGGUUCAAUGCGUCAAUCUAUGAUAGAUGCCACACCUUUUGGUUCACUUGACCUAUCUAGAUCUGUGAAAUCUCCACUUUCCUCUGUCCCAGCUACACGAAGGGCUACACCAGAAGUCACAGAAAAUUUUCCUCCAUCCCAUUUUGGUUCAAUGCGUCAAACUAUGGCAGAUACCACACAUUUUGGUCCAGUUGACCUAAUAAUAGCAGUGCAAUCUCCAUCUGCAUCUGUCCUAACUACACAAGGGUCUAUAGCAACUGAAGUCCCAGAAAAUCAAUUCAUGGAAGAUUCCAUACUUUCAGGCCGCCGUGCAUUGACCAAAGCUAUUCAAUUUCCUUCCAUCUCAGGCCCAGCUACACCAAUAGAAGUCUCAGAAAAUCAAUCCACUGAAGAUGUCACACUUUCAGGCCCUCUUGUACGGUCCAAAUCUGUGCAAUUUCCUUCUAUCUCAGGCACAGCUACACCUACAGAAGUCCCAGAAAAUCAUCUUCUAUCCAAUUUCAGUUCAAUACCACAAUCUAUGGAAGAUGCCACACCUUUUGACUUAUUUAACGUGACUUCAUCUGUGCAAUCUCCACGUUCUUCUGUCCCAGUUCCACGAAGAUCUACACCAACAGAAUUCAGAGAAAAUCGUCAUCUAUCCACUUUCGGCCCGGCUACCUCAACAGACAUCUCAGGAAACCCUCCUCCAUCCAAUUUCAGUCCAAUGACUCAAUCUAUGGAAGAUGCCACUCCUUCAAGUCCACGUUUGCUGACCAAAUCUGUGCAAUUUCCUUCUGUCUCAGGCUUGGCUGCCUCAACAGAAGAUUCAGGAAAUCCUCCUCCAUCCAAUGCCCGGCUAUCUCAACAGAAGUCUCAGGAAAUCCUCCUCCAUCCAAUUUAAGUUCAAUGACUCAAUAUAUGGAAGAUGCCACACCUUCAAGCCCACAUUUGCUGACCAAAUCUGUGCAAUUUCCUUCUAUCUCAGGCCCAGCCAUCUCAAGAGAAGUCUCAGAAAAUCCUCUUCCAUCCAAUUUAAGUUCGAUGAUUAAAUCCAUGGAAGAAGAGAGACCUUCAGGCCUACUUGCCCUGAACAAAUCUGUGCAACUUCCCUCUUUCUCAGGGCCAAGUAAAUCAAAUAAAAUCAUACAGAUUCUCCCUU